AUGACAAAAAAAUCUGGACAUCCAAGCAAAGGGGAGGGAUGUGACUUCAUCCUCGAGGCCAAAAAUCGCCAAGCAAAAAGUUGGUUACCAAGUGGUGCUCCAAAAGAAAAACAUUGGCAGCAGACAUGUAGAAAUUUGGACAACUUGGAAAAAAUUAACAGCAACAUUAAACAACAGCUCGGGGUGAAGGAUGCUACAGAAGACUCCAUCUAUCAUACGGAUCUUAAGAAUGAAAUCUUUCAAUGGAGAGCAGAACUUAGAGAAUCCGAAUAUCUGAUAUCUCCCCAUGAAGCAAAAGACCACACUUCUCUGUCAAACAAACCUUUAGAUCAUGAACUCGUACAUUUUUCUCAAAAAUGCAAGAAUAAUCGUCUAUUUUAUUUCCAGGAAACAUCAAACCAAAAUUCAUUUAAACCCUCCAUUUCAUUACAACCUAUAUUUUUUACAUCUAUUGAUCGUACCAAUUUUAAUUCUAUCGAAAAUAAGACGAAAACAGAAAUUUCUGCAAAGAUAGAGGAGCAGCUGGAGGAUCUACUGGACUUGGAUUAUGAUGCUGGAGAGCAAAAUAGACUUAAAUGGAUAAAAGAAAUAAAGACUGGAACCAAAAAAUUAUAUGUCCAAUUCUACAAGGAACUUUUGGAGCUUGUGGACAGUUUGCAGGACGUGAGAGAUGUUCAAGAUUUUGACCUACAAGAUGACGAAGUCCCUGAUUCCGCAUCUUGCCUUUAGAUUUAUAAUUCUGUUUCCGGUGUAAUGGAGGAAGGAUUAGAUACGGGAACACAUGCACCGAAUUGUAAGUGUUGUCAAGACUUUUUAUUUAAUAUUCUUCCUAAUUUUAGUACUCAUUUGUCAUUUCUGAUGGAAGAUGCACAAAAUUUUAAAUUUAAUUUCUAAGGAUUGCUGUGUUAUAGCCUGAAAUAGUUUGUGGGAAAUUAUUAGGUAAGGCGUAUACAAAAUAUUUUUGCACCUACCAUAAUGAGAAUUUUUUCUUCUUCUGCUUUCUAAAAUUUCUUAACCGCUUUUAAAUAAAUCACAGAUUUGUAUCCGUUCAGCUCGCGAUUAGGCGCUCUUUUAUACUGUCUCUUGUUGUUUGUAAGAAUAUUUACGCAUGGGUGAUUAUACUGACAACAACUCAGAAUUCGACUUUAAAAAUUUUAUUUUUCAUAAUUUUUUUUGUAUUUUCAAUACGAAAAAUAGCUUGAUAAAGCUAUUGCCAAUAGCUUGAUAAAGCUAUAUAGCUACAUAAAGCAAUAUAGCUUGUUAAAGAUAUUGUGCUG